UUACUAUAGCGCAUGUCUGUGAGGAGGACGGCAAGUCGAGGAGAGGCAGCGGAGGAGGAUGGGGGAGACGAAGGCUCUCGAGCUCCAUCAGCAGCAGGAGGAGAAGGAGGACUGGAGGCGCCGAACCCAGCUGUGCUCAUGCCGGACAUCUUGGAGAAGUUGAAAUUGUUGGGGUACGAGGAGUUUGCGGACGAGCAUGUGGAGCGAUGGAGGCUGCAUGCGGCUUACUUCGUGGUCCCUCACCCCAAGCCGAACGAGCAAUUCUUCUUCUUCACCUCUCUCUUUGCCUGGCUGAUGAAGCUGAAUCGGUUCAACUUUGCGAAGCCUGAUAGGUUCGAAGACCCCAACAUCACCACCCGCAACAUCCUCGAGGGAGUGAAGAGAGCCAAGAUCGCCUUCGACUACCCGGCAGCGAAGCUGAAGCAAGGACACGGCGAAGCUGUCUGUGUGCUCCUCAACCUCCUCUGCAAUGCUGCCAUCGACGCCCAAGGGAUCCGCCUUGCUCCUCCUACUUAUCCCUCCGAUUCUUAUCCCGAAGAGGCGCCAGUGGACGAGGAGGAAGAGGUGGGAACGGACAUUGCUGACACGGUGGCGGUGAACGAGGAGGAGGAGGAUGAGACGUACUCUGGCGCGAUUGGAUCUGUCGAGAGCAAGAGAGAGGAGGUCUCACGGGAAAACAAGAUUCUCGAGUCAGCAACGGACCCGAAUGCCUGGAAGAUUGAGGUGGAGAAUGUUGCUCCCCUGUUGAAGAUGAGGGUUGAGAUCGACAACAAGGAGUGGCGGACUCAUCUUGAACAAACGAAAGAGCUGCAAGGAAACAUCGAGAACAAAGUCCCGUCCACGCAGGAUCAUCUUGGCAAGUUGUCAAACACCAUCCAACAGGCAAUCGAAAGUAUCAGCACGCGAGAGAAAUAUCUGAAUUCACAGUACAAGAACUUGAUGCAAGAAUACCAUGAGGUGCAGGAGCAGUUGGAGGAGGUAACAAAGAAAUUCGAUGAGAGGAACAGAGACGUCUCGGAGCGGUCGAACCAGCUCACACAAAUUACAGAAAAUCUCGAGCAGAUAAAAUCUCAGAUGGACGAGCGAGGGGAGAGCAUGACGGAUACGGGCCCCUUGGUGAAGCUGAAGGAAGCCAUGAAGAAGGUGAAGAAGGAGAUUAAGGACAUGGACUUAAGGAUCGGGACUGUUUCUCAUACCCUCCUCCACAUCCGCAUGCAGCAGGGGACGGUUGAAGAUGAGAGGAAUAAGUCAAGAGAGCGAGAGGAAGACGACGACGACUAAUUCCUUUGUUUGCACAUAUACCCAAGAGAAACCUG